AUGCGCCCCCUGCUCGGCCUCCUCCUGGUCUUCGCCGGCUGUACCCUCGCCCUGUACUUGCUGUCGACUCAGCUGCCCCGCGGGCCGAGACUGGGCUCCGCCGAGGAGGCUGGAGGCAGGUCACUGUGGUUCCCUUCAGACCUGGCCGAGCUGCGGGAGCUCUCCGAGGUCCUUCGAGAGUACGGGAAGGAGCACCAGGCCUACGUGUUCCUGCUCUUCUGCAGCACCUACCUCUACAAACAAGGCUUUGCCAUCCCUGGCUCCAGCUUCCUGAACGUGUUAGCUGGGGCCCUGUUCGGGCCAUGGCUGGGCCUUCUGCUGUGCUGCGUGCUGACCUCAGUGGGGGCCACAUGCUGCUAUCUGCUCUCCAGUGCUUUUGGCAAACAACUGGUGGUCUCCUACUUCCCCGAGAAAGUGGCCCUGCUGCAGAGAAAGGUGGAAGAGAACAGAAACAGCCUGUUUUUUUUCCUCCUGUUUUUGAGACUUUUCCCCAUGACACCAAACUGGUUCCUGAACCUCUCAGCCCCGAUCCUCAACAUUCCCAUCGUGCAGUUCUUCUUCUCCGUGCUCAUUGGCUUGAUCCCAUACAACUUCAUCUGCGUGCAGACGGGCUCCAUCCUGUCAACAGUCACCUCUCUGGAUGCUCUGUUCUCCUGGGAAACCAUCCUGAAGCUGCUGGCCAUUGCCCUGGUGGUCUUAGUUCCGGGCACCCUCAUUAAAAAAAUUCAGCCAGAAACACCUGCGUGUGAGAGAAGCAAACACCGUUAAUCAUCUAAAUAGAAAAGACACGUGAUCUGGGUUUUCUGGCCCCCACAUCCGUGGACUGGACAUUAGAGGCAUGGGUGUGGUCCUCUAAAGCCCCUCCUUGUUUUUAAAUGACCGGAAACUGAUGAUUUGGACACUGUUCAUCCGUGGGCAAGGCCUUGUUAUAAAAGACUGUUUUGCAGAAGGUGAA